CGUGCGAGCGCCGUCCCCGCCGCUGCUCAGCGAUCGCUCCCGACGAUCGCAGCGGGCGGGCGCCAUGGCGGUGCGUGGGGCGCCGCGCCUGGCCUGGUGCCUCCGCCGGGUCGGGGCCAGCUGCGACUGGCUCCUGCUGGAGGCCGGCACGCAGGUGACUAUAGGCCGAGGAUUAGAUAUCACGUACCAGCUGGUGUCAAAAACCUGUCCCUUGAUGAUCUCUCGUAAGCACUGCGUCUUCCAGCAGAAUGCAGAAGGCCARUGGACUGUCAAGGAUAACAAGAGUCUAAAUGGAGUCUGGCUUAACAAACAACGCCUGGAUCCAUCAAAAGUCUAUCCUAUUUCUGAAGGAGACCGUAUCCAGUUGGGAGUGCCUUUGGAAAACAGAGAGACUGCUGAGUAUGAGUAUGAAGUAAUUAAAGAGGAAUGGGAGAAAAUUAGACCCUUUUUAGCCCAGAGAAGUGACCUGGGGAAAGCUAAGAGUUCAAGAAUGAAACGUAAAUUUAAUUUGGAGGAAUUGGAGACAUCUGGAUCAGAAGGCCCCUCAAACUCCAGAUGCAAAAGAGACAGGGUAGCCUGUGACAAUGAACCUUUGGAUAAAUCAUGGGAACGGGUAGAAGAGGCCAGACGAGUAACUGAGAAGAUGGAUGUCAUGCUGCCUUCUUGUGGACACAGUGAGGGGGAUAGUGGUCCAGUGCAUGAUAGCCCUGUUCACUCCAAGAAAGCUCUGUCUGUCCCUCAAAAGGACCAGAAAAGCUCUGGUCUUGCAGAGUCAUGGACUGGCUUGAAAAUGUUGAGGAAGUCUCUAGUAGAUACAAUGAAAUUAAAGGUCAAAUUGCAGGAGAAGCAGACUGCAGUUCUGAAUGUGAAGCAGAAGCACAGGAAGUGUGAUCAGAAGGAGAUCCURGUCAUGGAACAGGAGCUCCAGGAGUUGCAGAACCAACUGUGCAUGGAACAAGAGCAUCAACAGCAGCAGGUGGAAGAGCUGGAGAGGACAUUCUGUAAAGAGCAGCAGAAGCUAGAGGGAGAAAAGUGGCAACAAGGGGAAGACAAUCUGAAGGAGCAGCUGGCCCAGGUCCUGCAAGAGCAUCGUGCUUUGAUGGAAGAACUGAAUCGUAGUAAAAAAGAUUUUGAGGAGAUUAUUCAAGCCAAGAAUAAAGAGCUGGAAGAAACCAAGGAGGAGAAGGAAAAAGUGAGAGCCCAAAAAGAAGAGGUGUUGAAUCAGAUGAAUGAUGUGUUGGAGAAUGAGUUGCAGUGCACAAUCUGUUCUGAGCACUUCAUUGAGGCGGUCACACUGAACUGUGCACACAGCUUCUGCUCCUACUGUAUCGAUCAGUGGACRCAGCGUAAAGUGGAGUGCCCCAUCUGCAGACAGGAGAUCAAAUCAAAGACGCGCUCUCUGGUGCUGGAUAACUGCAUUAACAGGAUGGUAGAAAAACUGGAUGUGGAAAUGAAAGAGCAUCGUCUGACCCUUAUCAGAGAGCGGAAAGUGAUGGUGAAACCAGCCACAGACAAUGACAGUGGUAUCACUUCUUCCACCUACUCCAUCUUGUCGAUGAGCCGUUGUGAGAGUGAGGACUCUCGGGAAGAAUCUCAUUAUAAUGGAAGCUACUAUGUUACCUGAACACUCUUACUGCAGGCUCAUUUGCCUGUGUGCUGCCCAGAACCAGCCUAAUGGUGUUUUGUUGACUGCUGCUGGAGGAGUGGACUGGACGCUUGGAAGGAGAGACUCURUGAAGAGGCUGGAGUUGUAAACUAGCAGCAUUUGGAAGAAGGAUCUUAUUUUCCGAAUGAAUGUACAGAAGCUUGAUCUCUAAAACAAAGUUGCAUUUGUGAGAGAGCAGACUGCCAUUAUGCUGGCUAAUUGACAUACGAACCCUAAACUUCCAUGAUAGCUUGUGACCCGCUCGGUGUAAUGUAAUAGUUUGUAUUGCAUCAUUGCCCUUUUCUUAGUGAAUGAUAUGUUUACAUGUGUACGUCAGCUUCCCUUAUUUCAGGCAGCAGAAGAAAUGUCCCAAGUGUUUUGAGAACUUGGCCAUCCCCACCCACAGGUAGGAGAUAGGUAUAUCAGGAAAAAGUGCCAGUGUGGGUGUUUUUCUUGAAUUUCAUAUGGCAACUAGAGUCAUCCCAGGCCUUUGCACUAAAGGUAGUAAAGGGUGGGAUACGGACGCUGUUGGCUGCAAGUGCAUUGUAAACUGAGCUGCUGGCCAUUGGCUUGCUCUGUUUAUGUAGCCCAUUUUCCAUUAGAUAGGGAUGGAGAUUACAUCUUCCAGAAUUCCUUGUGUAGUGUUCUUUUCAUGUAGUGUCUUUGGUGUGUUCCCUCUUCAGGCUUUUGCAUAAAGUGUUUUAGAACUGAGAAGCAGCACAUCCAGAAACUUUAAGCCAUGAUUUUAAAAACAUGUAAUCAGCAAAAAGAGAAGAACCUCCACCUCUUUAGGUGUGCUACUCUCCAAAUUACUGAAAUGUCCUGUUGGCAAUUUAGGAAAGCAGCAACCACAAGGCACAGAAUGAAACACUUCAUUUUAUAGUUUACAAGACAUAACUGAGCGGUAGGUUGUACUACCCUCACAGCAAAUCACUUGUCCCCAAGAUSAAGUCUUGCCUCAUCCUGUCAUGUAUUUGUCUGUCAAGUUCCAUAUUCCAGACUUACACUUUGACUUAGCUGUUACCUGGAAAGGACUGUCACACUGCGAGAAGAGAUGGGGAAGCCCUUCUCAUCUGUAGUAUAUCUUUGGCUCUUUGUMCUUUUUUGUUUCUGUAUUUAUUUUGUUUAAGAACGAAAAUAUAAAUCCAUUUCUGCAUUUGUCUUCCUUGGUGCAGCCACUGAGAUGAAUGUAUUCUAGUUGUCUUCAGACUUCUUUGAGCAAACAGACUGUCUCAUUCAAUGACUUUGCUUCAUGUUUUGAUUGCUGUAAGGAGUGUGACUACUUUAAAGUUACUUGAAAGAUUUGGAUUCAGGAACUGAUAAAAGAUAACCCAGUGGUUAUCUGGGUAACCACUAGACUGUGACUACCCUAAUACUAAUUUAAUAGCUACAAUCUUACCUUCCACCAAAAAAGAUCCCAUUAAAAAGGUGCAUGAAUGAUAAUGCUAUCCUAAGGAAGUAGUGCAUUCUGACAGAUUGAAUCAGUAGGACUUAAGCAGGGGAARCCCUGAUCUGUGGGCCAGGAAAUUUGCUUAAAAUUUUAGUUAAAGGUUUCUUUUGUGAAGGAAACAUUACAUCUUCCAUGUUCUUCUUUCUCUUUUAAUGUUCACUUUCUGUAUGUGCUCUUGAAAGUUUCUUUUGUGAAUCUAUUCUUUCUAGAGUGUGCAAGAGAAGAGCAUUCCUCAAAAUGCUCAUGGAAUAGGCUGAUGUGRAACAGGCAUUCCUGAUCAAGUGGAGUAGAAGGAAAAUAAUCUGGUUACCUAGGACUGCAAAUUCUUCUAGUCUGUAUCUCUUUCAUAUUGCUGUGCUUCCUCUCUCAUUUMAUUUUGCAAAAUACAUAUUUAUUUUCUUACAUUGGUGCAUAUUGCAGAGAAGGAUAAUGCUUCUCUUGGUAACAGAAUGGUAAUCUUUGGUUUGAUUUCCGAGUAUGUCCUUUUUUCACUAGAACAUGAAGAAUCUAAGUGGUAUAUCCCAAAUCAUUUCAGCUCUUAAUGGUAGGUGCACAAUGUGUAAAUGUCCACAGAAAGAGGUUAAGUAUUAAUACUGUUCAUUUUACAAAACCUUCUCACGGACAAAAGCAGCUCUGUAUAUCUAGCAGUGUGCUCUCCUUUGCUCUAAGAUCUGGAUCCCUUCUUCUACUUGGUUGUACUUGGAUGUGCCUUUGGAGAUGUUAUGCCCUAAACUGUUACCAUCUUGGGGUGGCAACCCUUCCAUAUUACAGGUUACAACUGAGCUGGUCACAGAYGAUGCAUGGCAGGCUUGGUGCAGGUUCAAGAUUUGYUCUUUUCUCUUGGAAUACAGCUGUCAGGGAGUGUGAUAAUUAAACACUGUCAGAGCAAUAUGUUGUCAGCAUCAGUGGAAGAGCUGGGAGGGGUGCUAGUGGAAGAGGACCAUAACAGAUGGAUGUUUAACUCAUGCAGAUCUGUGAAGACUGAGUCCAAUCUGACAAUCUCAUGCAAGAAAAAUCUACCACGUGUGUGGUGAGCCUGUCACAGGUGAGAGUUGGAGCUUCAGACAAAGUUUAUUAAAGAAGCCCUCCCAUUGAAUCACGAGGUACAGAAAAGGGCCCCCUUGCCUUCUAAAAUCCUUCUCAGAGAGGACUCUGGAUGUGGCUGGAUSCAGUCUUAGCCCCAGACUGUUGAUGGUUUAUGUGUAAAGGAUUAUAUAGGCGUAAUUGAAYCUUUAUACAACUUUAUCCUGGAGGAUUUUUCAAGACAGCAAACCAUAUAYAUUGAUAUAUAUGAUUUAUUAUAAUGAUUGGACAAAAAUAUCUUAAUCAGAAUUAUUUACUACACUGUAUAGGAGCUAGAACACGUAUUAGAGUGCUCUGUGAUGCAAAAUUAAAGCAA